CCCUUUAUUUUUCGUGGAAUCUGAUGUGGACAAGAUUUCAAUAGGUUCCUUUUGUGCCAGAAAUUGCUAUUUAUCAAAGGCGAUAGCAAAUUUCUUUCAUUUUCUCAAGUUUCACUUGCUCUCCGAAACAAAAUGGUGAGCUUUAUGAUGUACAUCAUUAUGUAUCCCUGCUACAUGUUCUUAUUUAUGCUGCUAUUUGUCUAACCUUCCUAUUUGUCGGUAUAAACGUGGAAGUCACAUGCGUGGCGUAGUUUCACAAGGAAGACUAACCCCUUCCCCUUCCCCUUCCUCGUCCCCAUCCGUUUCCUCUUCCCCUUCCCCUUCCCUAAACCCUCAACAAGUACAUGCUGAUGGACAACAUAGACACAUUGGCCCUUCCUCCGUCCCUCAAGAGCAUAUUAGGGAACAACUUGGACACAUGCGAAGUGAAUGUCCUUCAGCUCCAUCUCCUUCAGCUCCAUCUUCCAUGCAACACUCAAAUGAUGAGGGAGGUGAAGAAGAUAGCCGAUUGAUCAUAUGCCCAUAUGGAGAUUCAUUCACGGAUGCUACAUACGUUGUGAGACAACUUAAUAAAAUAGUGAAUAACUAUUGGAGGGGGCCGUGGAAUAGCUACGGCAGCGCGCCAAAACAAGUAAAGGAUUUGUGGUGGAAUGAGUUCAAGCGAAAGUUCAGCUGGGAUGAAACGGAAGAGGAUGAAGUUAGAAGAAUUUUUAAGAAGAAAGCCGGUGAUCACAUACGAAAUGUGAUGAACAAAGCAAAGAGAAGUCAAGGGAAGCCAGAUUUCAUUAUCGGUGACGAUUGGACAGAAAUAAAGAGAAUUUGGGAAAGUGAAAAGAAUAUGCAAAGGAGUGAACAAAAUAAGAAGAAUCGGGGCUUCUAGUUCUGCUGAAGGGUCUGCGACAUAUGCUGGGGGCUCUAUCAACAUUGGGGAGCAUAAAAAGAGAAUGGUAAGUUUGUUUAACAUGUUGUAAUUUAAUUUAAUUCAAUUACUCAUUUAUGUUUCAAUUUUAUAGGCAAAUGAAUUGGGGACGAAACCGACAUAUACAGCUACAUUUGAAUGCACAUUU